AUGGUCGUUGAACUCCCCGGCUCUGGGGAGAAGAACGGCCCAACGUCCGCCCAAAGAGCCGAUGCCCUCUCCGGGGACCUACGCAGGGUCUUCGCGGGGGACGAGGAGGUGAAGAUCGCCCGCCCCGUCCGGAAGGCAGAGGUCCGAUUGAGGGGUCUCGACAGGUCGCUGCGGGCCGACGACAUAGCGUCGGCCGUGGCGGCAAAGGGUGAUUGCCAGCCGGGAGAUGUCCGGGUCGGGGACAUAAAGUUCCCGGCCCGGGGCAUGGGCACUGUAUGGGUGCAGUGCCCCCUGGCGACGGCCAAUAGAAUGGCGAACGCACGGGCCAUCUAG